AUGUCUGACUCGAAGCUCUUAAUCUACUUGGUCAGAAGAGACCUCCGCGUGUCUGAUAACCCCAUCCUCCACUCUCUCACAACCAACAAGGACCAUGGUUUCACCCACCUCCUCCCUCUGUAUGUAUUCAAUGCCCAGCAGCUAGAGACCUCUGGCUUCAUGAAGGAGGGUGCAGGAGUUAAGAGCCCAUACCGUGAAGCACGCAGUCAAGUUGGCGGAUUCUGGCGCUGUGGUCCACAUCGAGCCAAGUUCUUAGCAGAGUGUGUUUGGGACUUGAAGACCGGACUAGAGAAGGUUGACAGUGGCCUCUGUGUUCGCGUUGGUCUUGCUGACAAAGUCAUCAACGAGUUCUUGACCGAGUCGGACUUGAAAGUUGGAGCAGUGUGGAUGGUCGCAGAGGAAGGAGUCGAGGAAAAUCGUGAGGAGAGAGCAGUCAGGAGCGCCUGCGGAGAAGCAGACGUUGAGUUCAAGCUCUUCAACGAUGAAAAGUAUCUCAUCGAUGACCGAGACUUGCCCCUGGAUAACAUCGAAGAACUUUCCGACAUCUUCACCACCUACCGCAAGACUGUCGAACCUCUGCGCAACCAUCCUCGAGCUGUUCUGCCUACUCCUGAAAAGGGCUCGCUGCCGAAAUACCCAUCCGAGUCUUCGAUUCCAAACCAGUACUCCCCUUUCACAAUCCCAACCACCCUCGACGGUAUCAAGAAUGCCCUCCUCAAACCUCUCAAUGCCCAAGACUUGAUCAAGGAUCCGCCAACAUACCCUGAAGGAGCCAAAUCUGCCCAUCCCUUCGAAGGUGGCGAAUCACAUGCACUAGCCCGCCUCAACCACCUCAUCACCAGCGGCAGCAUCACCACCUACCACAUUACCCGCAACGGCCUCUUCGGCGAAGACUUCUCCACAAAGCUCUCCGCCUACCUAGCCCUAGGCUGCAUCACAUCCCGCCAAAUCCACUCCUCCCUCCUCGCAUUCGAAGACGGCACAAACCCAGAAUACGCGUCCAUCGAAGGCUACGGCCAAGGCGAGCCCGAAAAGGGCGGCACAUACAGCAUCCGCUUCGAGCUCCUCUGGCGCGACUACAUGCGUCUCUGCACCCGCAAAUUCGGCCCCAAGCUCUUCAACCUGUCCGGCUUCAAAGCAGAAGACGACCAACGCUGGCGUACACCUUCUCAACCGCGCAGCGCCUCAUCCCAAGAGAUCAAAGAGCAGAUCGAGCGCUUCCUCAAUGGUACUACAGGCAUGGGUCUCAUUGACGCCUCGCUCAGGGAACUGUACCACACGGGCUACACCUCUAACCGCGCUCGUCAGAACGUCGCGAGUUUCCUGGCCAAGCACCUCAAGCUCGAUUGGCGCAUCGGCGCAGAGUGGUACGAGAGUAUGCUCGUUGACUACGACCUGUCGUCCAACUGGGGUAACUGGCAGUACUUAGCAGGCGUAGGCAAUGAUCCUCGCGGCGAAGCACGGAUCUUUAAUCCGGUGAAGCAGUCGUUUGACUAUGAUGCGCAGGGCGAGUACGUCAAGAUGUGGGUUGAGGAGACGAGGGCGCUGAGCGAGCCGAGCGAGAUCUUUCAGCCGUGGACGGUGGCGGAGGAGAGGAGGGGGGAGUUGGGAUUGGAGGGGUUGGUGGGGGUGGAGAGGCCGUUGUUGAGGAUUGAUUUUACGGUUAAUAGGCGGGGAAGACAUCCUGGACGUCAGAGGGGCGAGAGGGGUCAGGGUGAUAGGAAUGAUAGGGGUGGAAGAGGGGGUGCGAAUGAAGGCCCUAGAGGCGGUGGUGGCUUUGGAGAUGGAAGAGGUGGUCGAGGUGGUGAGUAUCGGGGUGGUUAUGGUGGCCGUGGAUAUGGGUCCUCGAGAGGCUACUUUAGAGGCUUCUAUGGUGGUCGAGGUGGCAGAGAUGAGAGGAGAAUGGGGAUGAUGGAUCGAGAGAUUCGGACUAUGGAGUACGCGCAGGCUCAGUAUCAAUGA